CGCCGUGUCAUCGUAUCGCAGCGUACUAGCCGCCGGAUACAUCAACACUCCUUCUCUUCCUCGUGUCUCUUGGUAUUGUACAAUCUUCUACACACGUUUCUGUUUUGGCUUCUGGUAAAAUUUAUUUUAUUUUGUAAUUUUACCCGAGCAAAAUGGCUCCUAAACAUGGAUUAUUUAACAAGGUAUGUAUUGAACGUUUGGUAACCUACUUCAUAUUACUUUUACUUCGUUUAUAGCUAAAUAUUUGAUUUUUAUUUGUUUUGAGGUUAUGCUUACAUGUUUGACUUAAUACGGUUGUAACUUAAAAUCCAUUUCCCAAUUGAUUUAAUCCCAUAACUGAACUUCCGUUACGUUAAAUCAAAAACCAUUCUCUCAAAUUGUUAUUGCAUUGGUGUUUUCUGUAAAAUAUUCAUUAGUUACUUAUCUCAAUAGAGGAUGUAUCAUUAUAAUGUACCAGUUAUUAAUCAUAUUUCAUUGCCCCAUAUUUUUUUUAUUGAUAAUUAUUAUGUACUUGAAAAUACAAUUGUUCUGUUUAAACUUUAGCGUAUCUACAUUGAUGCUAAAGACCAUCUUCUUGGAAAAUUGGCUUCAUACGUAGCCAAAGCUAUCCUGCAAGGGAACAAAGUAGUUGUGUUCAACUGCGACAAAAUUAACAUUGCUGGUAGCUUUUACAGGUUGGAAAUAAGAUUUAAUUUUUCUUUACUUCAUGCAUAUGUAUUUUUGUUUUUUGUUUAUUUUUAGAAAUAAAAUUAAGUACUUGUCGUUUUUACGCAAGAGAUGUAAUGUGAACCCGGCUCGCGGACCUUUCCAUCACCGUGCUCCCAGAUGUAUAUUUAGGAGAACUGUUCGUGGUAUGUUUUUUUUUCUAAAGUAGUUAUGGUCUGUCUUGUACCAUUUGUAUUAAGCAUUAUGUAAUAAUUUAUUUAACAGUUUAUACAAAUAUUUGGACAUACCUAUAUCUUUUAUGAUUAAAUAAUUUAUUACCCUUACCUACAUUAAUUGAGAUGUCUUUGAUAACAAAAUAAGUAUGAAAAGAGUUAUUAUGUCCAAUGAGUUACCAUGAUAAGUUAUACACACUUAUACAAAUAAAAUCUAUUUUAUAAUUAAAUUGUAACUUUACUAAUGAACUUAACUCUCUAAUUAUGACCAAGUAAAUUGAUUUUACUUAUUAAUAUUUUAUAAUAUUAAAAUUAUUGCAUUUAGUAUUAGAAUCGAUUGUUACAUUUGGUUACACAAUAUUAGUGGUUUUAUCAUAAUAGUAAGUAUAUUAUAAUGAAUAAAACUUGUGUUUUAUAUAUCCAUGAUUAAUAAAAAACAAACCUUACUUACAUUAAUUGAAAUUAAUUUAUGAAAAAUCAUAAUAUUAUGAGAUAUCUUCACAGUUUUUAGUCAAUUUGUUUAGAACUAUGUUAAUUCUUUAAUGAUUAUGAAAAAUAACCUUACCUACAUUAAUUGAAUUAAAAUUAAUGAAAAUACAUUUUUUUGUAUGAAAAGAACUAAAACAACCUGAUGAUUAUUUUGUCAUACUUUUAAUAAAAAACUAUACAUAAUUGAUUUAUAAGAAUUUUUCGUAGCCAUUAAAAUAAAAUCAAAUUACUUGAUUAUGAAAAAAAAUUUCACUUUGGUUUUUUUUAAAUUCAUAUUAUACUUAAUUAGUAAUUAUAAUUUCUUCUAUGAUUAUUUUUUAUAUUACCUUACCUACAUUAAUUGAAGUUGUUAAAAAUCUAUGAAAUUGUUUUAUAAAUGAGAAGAAAACACUUAUUAGUAAUAUAUUGAACAUAGUUAUAGCACUGUUGCAUUUUAAGCUGUUAUUAAUAAUAAUAUUAAAAAUAAACUUUGUAUUUUGUACAUAAGCAUACACGCAUUUAAUUUUUCUCUUGAGGACUUAGUGUGUUUAUUUUAACAAAUUGAGGGCACAAAGACAGGUACUUAAGGUACUUGCGUACAAAAGAGUUUUAAGGCAACAUUUUCGAUUUCUGUAUCAAUAAGUUUUAACAGUAGUAUGCCAUGGUCUACUGGGUCUUAAUUGCUUUUAGGACAGUAAUGUCAUUAAAUACCUUAAAAUAACUGAAUCGGGAAAUGUUUUCCAUUGGUUUAGACGUUUUAUUUUGAUUUAAUAAAAAUAGUUAUUAAAGAUGUUUGCAUAUUUAUGUCAUAAGUACUUGUGACAUUAAUGUAAUAUUCCAAUUAUAAAUUAUUUUUAAUUUUUACAGUUUAAUUAAAGUGAAGACUAAAGAAUAUUUGAAAUUACAAAUACAUGAGCAUUAUGGCCAUAUUUAUUCAAAAUCUAAUAAAAAUAAUAAAUAAAUUACUUCUUUUUUAUAAUUUUAUUGUUUUUUUUUUUUAUCUUGUAUUUAAAAUGCGUAACCCUGUAGUAUAGUGCUAUAUAUGUUAAUUUAUAUUAAAUUUUGUAUUUGUAGGUAUGAUCCCUCACAAAACAACUCGUGGCCAGCAAGCUUUAAGGCGUAUGAAAGCGUAUGAAGAUAUUCCAGCACGUUACACGUCUCAGAAAACAAUGGUAGUACCAUUAGCUAUGAGAAUGUUGAGUUUACAACGUGGACGCAAAUACUGUGAUGUCGGGCGUCUUUCACACGAAGUUGGCUGGAAAUAUCAACAUGUUGUCAAGGACUACGAAGCUCGUCGUGUAGAACGUGAAGGCAAACGUGCUCAGCGUUUGAAGAUUAGACAUGUAAGUUUGUCAUAUAUAUAAUAUAUACAAGUUUAUACUGUUUUGUUAUGGAAAUAUGUGCGGAUUUUUAAUUUAAUUUAAAUUUUUAGAAAUUAACCCGAGAAGCAACUAAGAAGACAAAGAAGGCAACCGAACCAUACAAUCAAGUCUUGAGAGAUAGUGGUUACUAUGUACCAGCAUUAGUAUGAAAUAUUUUAUUUUGUGACACUUAUUUAAAUAAAUAAAAAAUUGUCAUACAUUUUUUUUAAUUUGUCAACUUCAUAUAUUAGCUACAAAUAUAAAGAUUCCACUUAAAUUAUUUAAGUAAAAAUAAAUAAUUCUAUAUAAUACAUAUAAAAAAAUAUCAUUUUAUCACAGUAACAAUAAUUAUUAUAAAUAAUGGUGUAUUCAAAAAUGGUGGCUACAAAGUAUGAACAAUUUGAGAUUUUAGUCGAGAAAACACUCUGGCCAUGUUAAACACGCAAAACAUCUGUAAAACAUAAAUUAUGAUAUAAGUAAAAAUAAAAACUAUCAUGGUUCCAAAGUUAUUAUAAAACAUUUAUUUAUUUUUUAUGACAUUACCCAAUGGUGCCGCAUUUCUUAAAUUUGAGUAGUUUCCGAAACCGCAAUUAGCAAUUAU